GCAAACCGCAAUGUGGUGCUUAUUGAAUGUUGUGUCCCCCGCCCUCCCUACCGUUUUAUUUUACAGGAGAAAACUUAAGAACUAGGGUUUACCCAUGACCAUGAGAGAUUGUUGAGGCUGAUUGAGCAUUCGAAAUGGAGGAGAAUUCGCGGAGUGUUUCAGAGGCAGGAACGGUGGUGUUAGAAACCCUAAGAGGAAGAGGUUGGUGUUUGGAAGACACAGACCAAUUGAAAGCCAUCAUCGUUAUUCAAUCUGCACUUGCCGAUGACCGUUCCAAGGUGGUAGAUUUCGUUGAAUCGGAGCUUCUCAAUUCGGACCUUAGAUCCAUCGGAGCCAAGUCCUUGCCCCAUCCCUCUCUUCUUCGCAACCCUUCUUCGCAUCUUCUCGGCCCCAAAGUCCUUCAGAUAUCUUCAGUGAGGGACAUUUCUAAGAGCAGUGUGGGUGGAAGUUCGGGUGGCCGGAGACUUCUUAGACUAUGUCUUACUGAUGGUCACUCCGAGAUCACUGCUGUAGAGUAUUCUCACAUUCCAGUUAUACCCGAUGAUGUGGUUCCGGGUACUAAGAUUCGUUUGGAAAAUAAAGUUGCGGUUCAUAGUGGCAUAGCUUGCUUAAAUCCUAAAGUUUUGACUGUAUUAGGAGGUGUUGUUGAGUCACUUUAUGAAGAAUGGCAGAUGAACAAAAAAUACUCAGUAUUCUCCCGAUCAUCUGUAAGGCAGUUAGAGGAUCGUGAUACAGGUGGUCCGCCUUCAUUUGUGAAGCUGCAGGUUGGAUCUUCAUCAGGUUUUGCAGGUUAUAACUCUAGAAGUGAUAAGCCUAUUGCUGUGGUGGGUGAAACUGAGAUGAGGACAACUGGUAUUGAGCAGAACACUAAGCAGAAGGCAGAGGUUCUGGACGUAAAUCUAAAAUCGAAAUUGCCCCCAGGAAGAUCUGACGACAAACCUAGUAGUUCAUGGACUAGGCAGAAAGAAGGUUUUGCAGAAUAUAACUCUAGAGGUGGUAAGCCCAUUGCUGUGGUUGGUGAAGCUGUGAUGAGGCCAACUAGUAUCCAACAAAACACUAAUCAGGAAGCAGAUAUGUUGGACGUAAAUCCAAGAUCCAAAUUGCCCCCAGAAAGAGCUGACGACAAACCUAGUAGUUCAGGGACAAGGCCGAAAGAAGUUGUGGAAUCUGUUCCUGUGCAAAAUCAAGCUGCUGCCCAAAAAUUACUUCAGAAACUGAAUAACCCAUAUCAGGAUGGUCGGAAUCCUAAGGGUUGGAAACAUAGGGGCAGAGGGAGACAAGAAGAUCCAGUUGUAUUUACUCUGGAUGAAUAUGAAAAAAGAAAGUCCCAGGCAAAGCCUUCUAUUAAAGACGAUGUUGUAGAUGUUAGUCGUGAUGAGGAUCUUGCUUGGCAGCUUCAGAAUCAAUUUAACCUUGAAGAUUCUGGGGUACAAAGGGGUUCUCAGGAAACUAAGGCACAGGAUAUUAGAAUGAGUAUGUUCACAUAUGAAAGGGAUUCUGAUGGCAGUCAUUCAAUGUUUGAAGGAGGAAGAAGUAGGGGAAGGGGAAGAGGAAGAGGAAGGGGCAGAGGAAGAGGGAGGGGAAGAUAGUGGUUAAGGAUAUUUAACUUUCUUGUGUCUUGGAUAUUUUUCUUGUUCCUUUCUUUUUCAUUUUUAUCCUUUUUUAGAUACUGAAGCAGCUCAACGUAGAUAUUCUGAACUCGAACCUCAGUUAAUAUUAUCAUCCAAUUCCUCCAUUAUUCAGCUGUGGGUCGGUCCAUAGUGAAUUAUUGAAGGGAAAUACGGUUCAAUGAGUCUUAGCGAGAAUCAGGGUCUUAUGUAAAACUUCGCAUCAAACUGUCAGGUUGUAAUAUGUUUAUAAAGAGAGACAAACUUAUGAACCGGAUUUAAUACAUAUGAAUAGAUAUUUGACUCAA